CAAGAGGAAGGAAGUAGCACACAAUCUAAAAGGGGGCCAAAAAGAAACUUAGAAGAAAAAGGAAAGAAAAGAAAGAAUUAUCAAGAAGAAAAAGGAACAAGAGAAAAAAAAAUCUACAGAAAUGGUAAAUGCAGAAGAUAUACAAUGUGUUAUUGGAAUACUGUACCUUGAUGGAAAGAAAAUCAUAGCAGUAAAGUUAUCCAAUGGGACGGAAAAACUAGUAAAAGAAAGCAAGGAGCAGUUUUGUCAAGAAUUGACAUUGAAAUUUCUUCAAGCUGAAAUAGAAAAAAAUCAUACAUCUUUGUGCAACAAAAGAAGUGAUGAUACAAGACGUUUCCCAGUAGCAAGCGCUAUAAACAAUUUAUUGCCUUUCGCCUCACAACAGAAAAAUGUGAAUGCAUACCGCAAAAGUCAAAUAAGUAUGCUCAAGAAAAAUAAGGACACUAGCAACAGUAUAAACAUUAAAAUUGAAUAAUGUUUUACAUCAUUGUGAUAUGACUACAAAAAUUUCACUUCACAGAGAAAAGAUUUUUCUAGGAUUGCUUUUACUUGCAAUUUUAUCAUCAAUACUAUUAUAUUUUUGAGUUAUUUUUAGAAAUGAAAAAUGAAAAUAUAUUUUUAAUGUCAUACAAAUUUGAACUAUUUUAUUUAUUAUUGAACACAUAUAAACUUCAUGAACUAG